CCGGUUGUUGUCCCCCCCCCCCCACCUUCUCGGUGAGCAUGUAAUAUGAAACUUUACAUCUCCAGGACUACUAACAACAAAAAGAGAGAGUGCCAGCACGCAUGCACGCAUGCACACGCAGGCAGAGAAAGCAGCUGGCUGUCAGUAACAGGGAUAAGAGAAACAGAGGAAGGAGAUACGCGUUGAGAAUCAAAAAUGCAAUGGGAGCUGGUAUGAAAGGACAAUGACAGAAAAAAAAAAGGACAGAGAAAACAGAAAGUUCUUCAACACCGCUGGAGAAAAGUUCUUCUCAAGUAGAAUCACAGAGGAAGACCGAUCUGUUCAACUUACAGUUAUAUAGUCACGAGGGAGAUGCUGUUGUCAUUCUUGCCUGGUGUCUGGAGGCAAUCAAGGUGUUUUUGGGAGUGAGCACACUGAAGCUGAACCCAACAUGAUAUAGACCUGGUCUUGGAAAGCCUUGAGAAGGAAAAGGGACCAAUUAAAUGUUAAGUGCUGCAAGGUGUCGACUGAGAACAGCAGAAUGUCCUUCAAAGAGUUUCAGACGGAGCUCAAUGCUAUUGGUUACAAAUUAUGGCUUAAACUCCGGAGACUACCCAAAGCUGACCCACUGGAGAUUGUCUGUUUUUUUAUUAUUAUCUUAUUCAUUGUUACGAUACUUUCAAUGAUGAUCAUAGCUUGCAGCUUUUGCUGCAGGUGCUUUUACGAUGGAAAACCAAAAGAGAAGGCCAAAAGGAUUGAGGUUCAGCCUGCAGAUGAUUUAUAAAACUGAAUUUAAAAAAGAACACUGAAGUUGGGGAAAGACUUGGAACGACUCCAACAUGGCAUACCAACCCAUGGAACAUAAUGGUAAAUGAGGAGAUAAAAUAAGAGACAGAGAAAGAAAGAAGGAAAAAGAGAUUGAACCUGAACACAGGACUCUGCUUUACGACAAGGCUUUUGAUAUGUUGAAAAUGCACCACUUGCAAUAUUUCUCUCUCUCAAUCUAUCAAGACAAUACUAUUUUUAAAAUUCCACAGAAUUCCAAGUGUAAUAUCUGGGCAAACAUGCAGAGGAAAGUUACACCAGAUUUCAUUUCCACAUAACAGCUCAGGAAGCCCCAGAGAGAUCAAGAUAUGCGUAAGCAUUCAGCAGAAUGAAGUCUGCUCAACCAUUUAAAGCUAAGUUAACCGGAGACGCAAUAGCUAAGCAAGUCAUUCAUUCAGAAAAUAUGCAGGCUUGACAGCUGACAAACAAGUUCAGAGACAGCAAAGAAAAGCAGCAACAAGUUCUCUAUUCUUCCUUCCCUACUAAAUAAAAGAAUAAACAACUGUCAAAGAGAGCACAUAUGCUGUAGCUGCUGUAUACCCAAGGAAAGCCGAAAGGAUACGAUAAUGCUCACAAUGCUGUAUUAUUUCUUGUCUAUACAAAUUACUGCCUUUUUAAUGUUUUGGUGUCUUCUGUUUAAGCUUUGUAUAUGACAAAUCCUUAACUCAAAAAGAGGGAACAAAAGAAUCGCUCGAACUUAUGUUGGGCUUAAGAUUUAUACAUGUCCUCUAUGAAUACUCUUGUGAAUAAUUUAUAGUUGUUAUGGGUUCAUAUUAUAUUUAAGGCAAUUAAAAUAUACCAAAGGAGGGAAAAAGGCAACUCUUGGACUAUACUCAAGGAAGAGGCAUGGUAACAGGAAUUCUUCCAACCAUUCAUUGAGAUUUGCAGUUUAAUCCUUUGCUCCCUUUAUUGGGAUCCUGUGUUUCAAGGUGAAUUUAUACACAGAGAGAUCAGACAGAGUACUGUAAGAGUUGGUUUAAUUCAGGAAAUGUAUGCAACAGCUGGACAACAGCAUUAUGCUAAAUGGUACAGCAAAAACAUAACCAAGAAUGAGCUACCCAGCUACAGCUUACAACAGAGUAUAAAUCCCUUUCCAAAGAGACAGUUUCUGCUUCAGUCGAUUUCAAAGGAGGUUACAUGUGAACAAGAGAGAAACAAUGGCACUUGACUUGUGUAAGUGGAAAUAGAAAAGUUGGUGGUGGAUAACAGUAUCUCUGCUGUUCUUUAGAGGUAUUGGACUAUAUCUGUCAUCACCCCCAGGAAGACUGCUAAGAUUCCUAUUUAGUAAUAAGUUAACUAACUCAUUUACCACAAAGAGGUUUGACUCCGAAUUUAAGGUGAAAUAGGGUUACCUGUUAUCACAAUACAAAAUCUCAUAGAUAUCUAGUAAUAUCCCAUGAAUCCACACUUUUCAAUAAUAGAUUAUAUAACAGAUUAAUCUAUUAUUUAUUAAUAAUAGAUUAAUAAACCCUUACUCUGGUUCGGCACUUUAAAUAUGCUGAAUAUAUAUGCCAUACCUCAAUUAAAACUCUAUACCUUUUUGACUCAAGCUUAGAGCAAUGCACCUGUUAUAUAUUGUGCCUGCAAAUAUUUAAUUCUUCCAAAUUUCUGCAGUCCCAGGCAAGCUGCAAAACCAAAUUUAUCAAGCAUCCAACCGAGUUGUCAUGCAGUGUUGCUGCAUUAAGGUACAACUGAAAUUGUUUUUCUUAGUGGAAGGAUAAGAAACCUAGGGCCCAGACAUUUAGAGCUAUAAUUGGGAAGAACCUCAAUUAACGUAAGUAAAGAUGAGAGAUGCAGGGAACUGCAUUUCAGCAACAUCUGCCAGCAAGUUCUAUUUCUAUAUGCUAUGAAGAGUGAUGAAAAGCUUCCAGUAUAUUUAUUCUGGGUGUGCACUGUUUCAGAAGUCACUCCCUUGUACAAAUGACAGGAAUAAGAAAACAGCAUCAGCAACCACACAGACACAAAGAUUAACUUGAUUUCAAACAUGGCUGCUUUUUUAUAAUUGCACAGCUGCCAGACUGGAGAGAACAAGUCAGUUACGCAAAAUGAUGCCAUACUAAAUCAUUACCCUUUUCCAACAAUACAAUGACAGUGUGCAACAGAAAAAAAAAUGGUACAAUAUCC